AUGCUGUUUAAAAUUCUGUACUUGUUGGCCGUCGUGGCGGCAUUUAUUGAGGUUGAUGGAAGCCGGCUUAUUCGAUCUCCAGGUGGUGCUGGCUGGCAACGUGGUAGUAGCGGCUUUGGAAGUGGGUCUGCUAUAAGCAAUGCAAGAUCUCUUGACAGUUUCGGCACAGAUGGACGAUCCGCCGGCUGGGGUGAUCUAUUUGCGUCUAACGCUCGAAACUUUCGUUCUAACGGUGAAUGGCAGACGUCAGCAAGAUCAGAUGAUUUUACUUCUGGAUGGGAUAAUUGGAAUUAUGAACAACCCGCACACGUGGAUGCCGCCGAGAAUACCCCAGUGGUAGCUGAUUCAAAUGAUGAUGGAACAUUCGCCCAGGAACUAGAAAUAGAGCAAAUGAGGAGUACAUUGGAAGAGGCGAUUAUGGAAACGCGCGGUACGCCUCUCGAAAAUCGACCGCGACUUCCCCGCAUAGCCCUAAGCAAGCGGAAUCGGGCUGUCGUGAGGGCUCUGAACCCAAUGCUGGUGACCUAUUUGGAAGCCAGCCGGGACCUUUGCGAGACGGACUCAAUUCUCUUUGGCGCCGCACUGGCAGUCUGCCGUAUUAUAGGCGCCAAACUUUCCACGGCUGGACGCACUACUGGACAAAGUAGUGCUAUCCCAGCCUGGAGAACAAGAAUUGAAGAACGUAUCGCAAAGGCUAGGGCCCUCAUCGGCAGACUGAUAUGCUUCAGGUCAGGCAAUACCAGGCCAAGGAUUGUGCGCACCGUCAGGAUGGCGUUUGCUGGGACAAAUGUUAGUUUAUCCCAGCCGGAUAUAAUGCAAAAUAGGACGGAGCGCAUAGACGACCUGAAGCAGAGAAUUGCUGCUUGGGGAAAGCGAAUUCGGCGAUAUACCGAGAGGUCGACACGGUUCAACCAGAAUCGUCUCUUCCAGAGUGAUCAGAAGAGGCUCUAUAAAUCAUUGGAGCAACCAAUGGUAAGUGGAACGGGCCCAGUACCGAAUCAGGCCGACACGGUCGCAUUCUGGCGCAGCCUGUGGUCAGAGCCAGUAAAUCACAACGAGGGCCCUUGGACGGAAGUUGUGGCGAGUCAGUGUGCGGGUAUUACGCCCAUGGACCCCGUCACCAUAAUGCCGGAUGACGUAGCUGAGGCGGUCCGUAGGGCCACGAAAUGGAAAAGUCCGGGACUCGACGGGCUGCAUCACUACUGGCUGAAGGGGUUCGUGACUACUGAUGAUGAGCAGCGUUACCGCUGCAAGGGCUCUAUAGACACUAACCUUCCUGCCCAGUGUGAUAAGUUUGGUUUGGUGAAGCAAUUGAACAAACUUACAAAAAAUAUACUGGGAAUUUACUUUUACCUUGCAACGAUAACGUUGUGUUCAGUUGCGGUGCAGCUUCAAUCGGAUUUAAGCACUACGCAACUCAUGUCUCUUCUUCAGUACAUGAUGGGAACACUUACACAGUUAUUUCUUUUCUGCAACUACGGUGACGCUGUUCUAAAUGAGAGCGCAGUCGGUAUGGGUAGGAGCCCACAAGGCUCGGCGUGGUGGUGUCUCAGUCCUCGAGUCCGAAAAGAACUGCUACUAUUGGGAAUAGGAAUGUCACGUAGCUAUGAGCUCUACGCUGGGCCUUUUUUCUCGCUUAAUUUGCCUUCUUUUAUUCAGAUCGUCCGCACAGCUUACAGCUUUUACGCAGUACUACGACAAAAAUCCGGUUAA